AUGGCCACCACCCCGGGCGUCCUCCCCAGUCUUGGCACAGCUUCCCUGAAGACCACUGGAAACCAAGCCAGCACCGCUUCCUCAUCUCCCAUCUCCGCCACCAGCGCUCAGCCGGGGACUGAGAACAGUGGGCCUACCAGCGUGGGGCAGGACGGCUCCCCUUCAGCGAGGGUGGACACAUCCUCUGGGACAUCCGCUGCCCUCAGAGACACCACUGUGGUCCUGAAGUCCUCCAGCACAGAAGGGUCCACCCUUGCCACUGGACGAAGCACACCAGGAGAUGUGCCCUCCUCCGCCACCCCGACCCCCCUGACUACAGGCCAUCCUACAGAAUCAGCCCUUUCCUCUCUUGGUCCAGGUACGGAGGCAUCCCGCACUAACACGGGAAGUGCAGCCCUAAGCCCCAGCACAGCUCCGGUGGGCAGCGCCACCAGUGUGGCGGCCUCCCCGUCAAGCCUGAAAGGCUUCUCCGAAACCGAGGCCUCAGGCACUAUGGGCCCGGGCCAAACCCUCCAUAGCACUGGCAUCGCCUCCGAACGCAGCCCCAGCACUGCUCCUGCCGGCUCCGAAUCCCAUACGCCACCUGCCGCGGCAGGGGGCCACUCUUCUCCCAGUUCUGGCACCUCUGCAACCGGUGGUGAAACUUCCGUCUCCAGCCGGACGGGCCCCACGGCCUCUGUAGCCAGCAGAGGGCCUCUCUUAGGCGUGGUUUCUUCUAGCGGCAUAGCAAGGUCCAGCUUCUCCGAAGGCACGAGUGCACCAGCUGCGACGGCCACGAACCCAUCAUCGUUCACAAAUUUUUUUCGUAGUCCCGUGUCAAAUGUUUUCACUGUCAGAAGCAGUGAUCGGAUUUCUUUUUUCCAUACUAUCUAUGGUACUCCUACUUCUACUUCACGAUUAUUCAUGAGUUCUUCAGCUUUCCCUCGUGGUUCAGCUUCUAAUCUAGGUGUGGACAGUACCUCCAUCAAGAAUCUCUUGUCCUUAUCUAAAUCUACUGUGCCCUUACCUAUUACCGACACUGUUUUAAUUACUACAUCAUCUCAAACACAGUGCACUCCACUUAGCAUUUCCAUACAACUUAAGAACGUAACCAGCGAACAGAUACAACUUCAGUGGGUACCUAAAGGUGACAGAAGAGACAGUCCUUACACUGUGGAGCUCUUGAGAGAUCAGAGAGUAGAGGCUAAUGAAACAACAAAUGAAACACAUGCUACCUUUAAUAAACUGGUUCCUGGUCAGAUAUAUAUAGUAUCUGUCGAAGCUUUAAGUUGUGCUAAGAAGAUCAAGACUUCAGUGACUGUUCAAGCAGACCCUGCUCCCUGUUUCAACAACGCUGAAUUCUGCACGCAAAAAGACACUGGCUGUUUAGUCUCAAAUGACCAAAUAUGCUCAAGUAAACAAGCCUUUGCUUGUGACAUUCUGUUCAAAGACUUAGAAUUCAACCAGUCCCUUUACAACUUUGAUAGUCCGAUGUACAAGACGUUGUCUGAAAGAAUCAGAACAAUUGUUCCAGAGAUGCAAGGAAAACUGAAUGAUGACAGCUUUACUAUCACAAAAAUCAGAUUCAAACCUGGGAGCGUGAUUGCUUCUUUUAUUUCUCUUCUACAAGGGCAACAGUUCUUUGAAGCAAAGGAUUUUCAAGAAUAUUUAAGUGAGAUAGUAAACGUGAAGUUUGGGAACCAAACUGAAAUAACUGUGCAAUCAAUAUCUACAAGUUCAUCUACUGAACAAAAUUCUGCCUGGAAGGUAGCGGUGAUUGUUCUUGGAGUUCUACUCGGAGUUGCACUAAUAGUUAGUUUGCUAAUAGCUUCAGUGUGCCUUUAUAUGAGAAGAUCUGGUAAAUAUUCAUUUGAACCUAACGGACUCUUGGGAAAAUUUGCCUACACACACUUAUAG